AUGGCAUCGUCAUCAUCAUCGGCGUCUGCUAAACGUCACCCACCUCUUCGACCUUCGUCAACAACGAAUCGAGCAGUUCGUGGGUUGGAAAAACGAAUUAAUAAUACUAAUCUAUCCAACGAUACACAUGAUGAUGAAUAUGCCAUUGCUAGUGGUAAACAAGUACCACGUACUUAUUUACUUAAACUUAUCAAAGGAUCUCGAAUGAAUGGUAUACUUAAUUUAGCAUCGCGUGGUUUAACUGAAGUACCAACUGAAAUUUUUCUUGAUGAAAUUAUUGAAGAUGAAAAUCAGCAACGACCAAAAUUAAAAACAGCUGAUUUUACUCAAAAUAAUACCGAUGCUUGGUGGAAUCGUGAACCACUUAAAACACUUGAUCUAUCAUCGAAUUCAUUAAUUACUCUUCCAAAUGAAAUUGAAACUUUAGACAAUUUACUGGUUCUUAUUGUUCAAAAUAAUCAAUUAACAUCUUUACCAGACUCAAUACGACGUUUAAGAUUAUUAGAAAAAUUUGUUCUUACCCAAAAUCAAUUAACAACCUUACCAGAUGGUCUCUUCUAUUGUUCAUCACUUCUCUACUUAAAUCUAUCACGUAAUCAUUUAACUAAACUAUCCACUAAAAUUGGUGAUUUAUCAUAUUUACAAGAACUAGAUUUAUCUGAAAAUGAUUUUGAAUUAUUUCCGAAACAAAUUGGUUAUUUAACAAAAUUAACUAAAUUAACGGUCGCAAAAAAUCGUCUUCGAGCACUGCCAAAUGAAUUUGGUGCUCUCUAUAAUCUACGCUCACUCGAUAUCAGUCAUAAUCAAUUAACACAAUUGCCAGAUAGUUUCGGAGAUUUAAUUAAUCUUGAAGAAGUUUAUGCUAAUUCCAAUCGAUUGACAAUUUUUCCAUGUUUUAAUCAAUGUACUAAAUUAAAAGAAAUUCAUUUGGCUGAUAAUCAAUUAACUGAAAUAAGUGAUAGUCAACUUGAAUCACUUUUAUCAUUAUUAUCUCUUAAUGUUCGAGGAAAUAAAAUACGAAUUUUACCAGAACAAAUUGCAUUAUUACCAAAUUUAGAAAGACUUGAUGUAACAAAUAAUGAACUUGCUGAUUUACCAUCUAAAAUUGCAUUGAAUAAGAAAAUAAAAAAUAUUAGUAUGAUUGGAAAUCCAUUAGGAAAAAUUCGAAAAGAUGUUAUUCGUCUAGGAACUGAAUCAAUAAUGAAAUAUCUUCGAAAUCGAUUAACAAUUGAUGAUGGAAAUACUACUGAGAAUCAAAAGACAUUUGAUAUUGCAAAACCAACUGAAACUGAAGAUGAAAGAAAACGUCGUUUAUAUACAGAACAACAUGUUGUUCGAAGUACUGGAACAUUUGAUUUCAGUCAUAAAAAUGCUUCAAGUUUAUCGGAUGAAUCAAUUGAACUUAUUUUAAAAGAGAAACCAUCACAUGUUAAUUUAGCAAAGAAUAAAUUUACAGAAAUGCCCAUUGCAUUAGUGAAAGUGGCUGAAUCUUUGCUUCAUUUGGAUUUAUCAUCAAAUGGAUUAUUGCAACUCAAUCCACAAGUUGGACAAUUGAAAGAAUUACGUUUUCUUGAUCUCAAUACAAAUCGUCUAACGGAUCUUCCAUCAGAAUUGAGUUCUCUUGAACAUUUACAAAUUAUAAAUCUAUCCAUGAAUAAAUUUGUUCGAUUACCAUCUGUUCUUUAUGAAUUAAAACAUAUUCAAGAAAUACUUGCAAAUGAUAAUCAAUUGAUCGAACUUGAUGCUAAUGGUAUCGUUAAAAUUUCUGCAACAAUAUGUACAUUCAAUGUACGAAAUAACAAUAUUCAACGAUUACCUCCUGAAUUUAGUAAAUGUACAUUACUUAAAUCUCUUGAUGUUGCUGGUAAUCCAUUUAAAUUACCACGACCAGCUACAAUAGCAAAAGGUACACAAGCUAUAUUAGAACAUUUACGAAAUCAAUUGAUUGAAUAA